AUGGCCACUGUUACCCUGCCGGAGCCCUUCGCCUCCAUCCCUCGUACUCCUCUUCUUUUCGGGCCCUCGCCAAUCCACGCUCUUCCCCGCAUUAGCGCCGAUCUCGCUCGCGACAGUCCUCACCAGGUCAAUGUUUACGCCAAGCGCGAUGACGUGAACUCGGCAUACGCUUUCGGCGGGAACAAGACUCGUAAGCUCGAGUAUCUGCUGGCCGAGGCGCUGAGCCUGGGCUGCGAUACCCUGGUUUCCAUUGGUGGCGUGCAGAGCAACCACACGCGUCAGGUCGCUGCUGUCGCCGCACGCUCUGGUCUCAAGGCUCGCUUGGUCCAGGAACAUUGGGUGGAGACGGAUGAACGGGGCUACGAUCAAGUCGGCAAUAUUCAAAUCAGUCGAUUGAUGGGCGCCGACGUGAGAUUGGAUCCCUCGGAGUUUGGUAUUGAGCACAAGAAGACUGCACAGGCUGUCGUAGAGGAAUGUCGGUCUCGAGGCGAGAACCCCUAUUAUAUUCCCGCCGGUGCCUCGGACCACCCGCUUGGUGGGUUAGGAUUUGCCCGUUGGGCCUUUGAGGUUCGAGAGCAGGAGCAGGAGCAGGGUAUCUUCUUCCACACGGUGCUGGUCUGUGUGGUUACGGGCUCAACUUUUGCUGGCAUGAUUGCUGGCUUCAAGUUACUGGAGCGCCUCCACCCUGAAGACCCGAAGCGAAAGGUCAUCGGGAUCGAUGCUUCGGCCACGAUGCAGGCGACCCGGGCACAGGUCGUUCGCAUUGCCAAGAACACUGCCUCUCGCAUUGGGCUCACGGAGGAUGAUAUUACGGAUGACGACGUGAUCUUGGAUGAUCGGUAUCAUGCAGGCGUCUACGGGUCCCCCGACGAAAAGACCUGGGAAGCUAUAAAAUGGGGAGCUCGGAUGGAGGCGUUCAUUACCGACCCGGUCUACGAGGGAAAGAGUUUGGCAGGCAUGGCGGAUAUGAUCAGGCGCGGAGAAAUCGCUGAAGGCAAUAUCUUGUACGCCCACUUGGGUGGGCAAUUAGCCUUGAACGCAUACUCGGAGCCCGGUGCGACCAAGAGUAGAUCUCUGGACGGGGGAUAA